UUUCAGCCUAACGUUAUAACUAACGUGAGAGCGGUUAAGCACUCGAUUUCCCAGAAGGCUUUGCGUCCGGGUUGCUGCGUCGUUGUGUGUGAAUGACAGAAGGAACAUGGCGGAUGGCUGAUGGUUGACAAGCAGAUUAUUCGAAAGAAAUGUACAAUUUAAAAUGCGGAAACGGACCACACAUAGACAUCGUUGCUGAUAAGAGGGUAUGGUGAAGCGUCUCCUUAUGCGGUUCAUCCCGCUCUCUCAGGUCUGGACACGUUUGUCCUGCAAGUCUUUUGCGCUCUCUCAGAAGCAGCUGGGUCCAGGAUGCCACUGGAUCUGCACUUCGUCCUCGUCUCUUGCGAGAACUCCACCCGGAGACGGUCCGCUCAGGCAGGACGACCCGCCGGACGCAGAUCCUCUUCAGGACCAGUCCAUGGGCCUUGUUCAGAGAUUCAAGAGAACCUUUAAGCAGUACGGUAAAGUGAUGAUCCCGGUGCACCUGCUCACUUCCUGCAUGUGGUUCGGAGGAUUUUACUACGCCGCCAUGAAAGGAGUCAAUCUGGUUCCAUUCCUGGACCACAUUGGACUUCCUGAUAAACUCCUGAAACUCCUGGAGAAUUCUCAGAGCGGCAACGCGCUGACGGCCUACGCCAUGUACAAGAUCGCCACUCCGGCACGCUACACGCUGACAUUAGGCGGCACGUCUCUCUCUGUGAACUAUCUGCGUAAACACGGCUACAUGUCGACGCCGCCGCCGGUGAAAGAGUACCUACAGGAGAAGAUGGGAGAGACGAAGGACCGCUUCUCUGAGAGGAUCGAAGAAACCAAGGACAAGUUCUCCGAAAAACUCCAGGAAACCAAAGAUAAAGUGGGCUUCCGGAAGAAAUCCGAAUAAAGACGGAUGACAUCAUCGCGUGUAAAUAACGAGCUAUUGAUAUAAACGAAUAAAGGCUUUUGUGAGACCAGCACUACCGACAUCACUUCCUGCUAACUCGUCCAAAAAUAAAGUGACAUUUUAGAUCCACCCCGUUUUUUUUUUUGUUUGUUUGUUUGGGGUUUUUUUCGUCAUAGCUUAGCAUAAGAAGGUUAGUCGCUGUUCUGCUAAUGCGAGGUACUGAUUGUCGUGCACUCUGACCAGGGGGUUUAAACCGAUCCCUCCAUCUACUGCUUCAUGGGUCACGUCUCCGUCUUAUUUCUGUACGGGACGAAACAAGUCUGAUGUUAAACGUUGGAGACUGAUCAAUCCAGCGAACCUGCGCUAAUCAAAUCACACAAGCUCGCAAGUGUUGAACACAAAUCAGGGGAAUUAACACACACUCUUUGGCUGAUUGGGCUGAAAGGAAAGAAACUUGUGAGAUGUAUGACUUGUGAGACUUUUCAGUAAUAAGUUUUAUAAACGUAUUUAAACAUCCUAAAGGUUAAAGACGGCACCUUUAAUCACACAGAUUGAUGCUUUAAUCCGAUCAUGUUUGGUUUAAGGCUUGGAUUAGAAUCAACAAAAGUUGUGUUUCGUGUUUAAACAACUGAGUCGUUGAUUUUUACGGAGUGUGUGGAACGCGGUGGAGGCUCCGCAUCGUUGCUAUGGUAACGUCCUCCAUAUUGACUGACAUGAAAUGAAGAAACUGAAUAAAGUAAAAAGAUUUA